AACAAAAGUAACCGCAGAAACUCGUUCUAUGUAUUUUAAUUAGUUAAAAGGUGUUUUAAUCAUAAAUUCCGAGAAAAUGAGCGUCAAAACUGGUGCCACGGUGUGCCCUAUUACAGAAGAACGUUCCGGUAAUGUACGAGAAGUUGGAGCACAAGCAGUUUGGAGUUUAUCGUCUUGUAAACCAGGCUUUGGGGUCGAGCAACUACGGGAUAAUUCGAUGGAAACCUACUGGCAAUCAGAUGGACAGCUGCCACAUCUGGUCAAUAUUCAGUUCCCACGUAAAACGACGGUAAGCCAAAUUUUUAUCUAUUCCGAUUACAAAUUGGACGAAAGCUACACACCCAGCCGUAUUUCGAUACGAUGCGGGACUCACUUUAACGAUCUGCAAGAAGUCGAGGUAGUAGACCUAUGUGAACCUUCUGGCUGGAUUUGCAUCAAGGAGGUGCGGGACAUCCCCAUGCGAACGUUCAUGAUCCAGAUUGCAGUUAUCAGCAACCAUCAAAAUGGUCGGGAUACACAUUUACGCCAGAUUCGGGUGCACUCGCCGACCACAGAAGGUAGCACCUAUCCGCUCGAACAAUUUGGCCCCUUCAGUACCAUUGAAUUUCAGCAGUUUCGAACGAUUCGGUAGGGAGGGAGGAUAAUCUUUGAUGGGAAUAAAAUCGAAUUAAUUAUAAGCUGUAAGUUA